AUGGCUUUUGUGAUUUAUUUAUUGCUUUCAGUUUGCUUGUGCAUAAAAUGGUAUGAUGAGCUAGCCUGCUGUAGCUGGGAGAUUCAUUGGGAAAGCCGGGGGCCUUGCAUGAGGGAGGCAGCAUUCGGAAAUGUUUACCUGGCCAGGUUUUACUUGGUUUGGAGGAGCGUAAUGUCGAUUUGAGCCGAUGCCAGCUUGCAUCCAGGCCAAGGUUGGUUUUACUUGGUUUGGUGGAGCGCAAUGUAGGGUUGAGCCGACCAGCAUACUUGCAUCUAGGUCAAGGUUUUACCUAGCGGGGACUUUGCCUACUGGAGUUGGAAAGGGGGGGACGCCCAGUAAGGUCAGAGGAUGCCACUUGACCAAUGGGGGAAAAUCCCUUACACUAUACAAGGCGUUGCGUUCUGGGGCUUUGAGUUCCAUUUUGGUAUCAGCCCGACUAGAAAAUUCAUUUUUCGAAUUUUCUGGAAGGCAAACCCAGUUGACGUGCGACAUGAUGGCCCCAACGUCCUUGACUAUCAGGUAGCAAGUGCAAGACUGUCCGUGAGUAGCAACACAGCGAAGGCCAUGUCCGGACUGGCAAGCAUAGCGGUGGCGCAUUAUGCGGAGGUGAGUAUUGCAGGCACUUCUCUAUAAGUAAUUAAGUUAAUCUUUCAGUCUGCUUAAUAUCUGCCCAGGAGAGUAUCAUUAUUCAUGGGUACAAAAUUGUCAACACUUUUCCACAUUCUAGCCAAGAUUUUACGUAAGUCUUAUGCAGCCAAGGAUUUCUUAUCAAAGGAAGCUCUAUUUAUCAAUCAACAGGGUUAUAUGGAAAAAGCGAGCUUCAGCAGCUUGAUUUACUUGACAAUUCAAAAAUCAAGUCAAAACCUCUUACUAGCAACUACUUUGGGGAAGGCUUAACAGACUUAAAUAGCAAGCUUUAUCAGUUGACUUGGAAAGAAAGCAAUAUGAUGGUUUACGACAUAGAGACUUUUAAUCUUAUAGAAACAGUUCAAUAUCCUGACAUUCUUAAAGAAGGCUGGGGAAUCUGCUCAGAUGGGUCUUAUCUUUAUAUAUCAGAUGGAUCAAAUAAAAUUUAUGUGAUGGACCCUGAAGAUUAUUCAAUUAUUAGAACUAUUUUUGUCACUUCUUUAGGUAACAGAAUAGCAAAAAUCAAUGAGCUUGAAUGGAUUGAUGGAGAAAUCUGGGGAAAUAUUUGGUAUGAGCAUUAUAUUAUAAGGAUUGAUCCAAGCACUGGAAAUGUUAAUUCUUGGGUAAACUUAAAUGGAAUAGAUCAAGUUGGGGAAUAUAAUUCGUGGAAUGGAGGAGAUGUAUUGAAUGGCAUUGCGUAUAAUACUGGAAAUAUUUAUGUUACUGGGAAGAGAUGGAAUCAUAUAUAUCAGAUAGAGCUAGAAGGUACAACUAUAUCUUAUGAGAUCCCUAUACAUUUUUAG